GCAGCUACUACGGCGCGCUUGCGUAACCUACCCAUAUAAAAGUGGUUGACUACAGCCACACAGCCGUCAAUUCAUUAAGAAUCGAGAGCGCUGAACGAGUCGCGAGAUAGAAUUCCUACUUUAAAGUUAUUUUCGGAUUUAUUUCAUUGUACUGUACAGAGAAAUGGCGUUGUUACCAUAUAUUGCGGAUCUAUUAAGACCUAGGCGACCGCGUGAUUUGACACAAUAUACUGAUUUAAUUACGGACUUGAUAGUUGAUCAUUCAGGUCCGAAAUAUUUGGGUCCUUGGCUUAAAUUAUCAACAUUGCAACCCGAUAUUGGAUCUACUAUAAAAUCCGACAAAGACAAAUUUCAAAUAAAUCUGGAUGUCCAACAUUUUUCGCCUGAAGAAAUCUCGGUAAAGACCGUUGACAACUACAUUGUUGUAGAAGGCAAACAUGAGGAGAAGAAGGACGAACAUGGAUAUGUAUCUCGUCAGUUCAAGCGUCGCUAUCAAAUACCAGAUGGUUGUAAACCAGAAACAGUAGAAUCUAAGCUUUCAUCUGAUGGUGUGUUAACAAUUUUGAUGCCAAAAGUGUCUGAAGGGAAAGACGAAAGAGUUGUGCCUAUUACACACACCGGGCCUGUGAGAAGGAAGGGACAGGAUGAAGAAACUGUUGAAAACGGUCCAGAAGAAGGGAAAACCCCAGCAAAAAAGAAGAGACGUUAAUUCCGAAAGAAUAGUCUAUGCUUCAACUUAGUUAAGUGCCUCGAAUUAGAUGAUUUUUGUGUAAGACUGAAAAGCAUUUGUAUUUUAAGUACAAUAAACUAUUUUCAUAUUUUGUUGUAUAUAA